UCUCUCUCUCUAUUUCUCUCUCAGAGCCUCUCCAUGUUUGGGGGAAAAAUUCUCUUGGCAGGGUACACAACCCUUGUUGUUCUUGUCCUGUCUUCUGUAAAUUGCUAUGCUAGGAAAAGUCACCACCACUGUGACCCUUCUUCGUGUGGAAAUAUUGAUAAAAUCACCCUUCCCUUUAGAUUGAAAGGCGAUCCAAAAAACUGCGGAGUCAAGAAGUAUGAAUUGGAGUGCGAGAAUAAUCGCACAGUUUUACAGUUAUUCUCUGGAAAAUACUACGUGGAGGAGAUCAACUACCACAACCAUACAAUCAGAGUUGUGGAUGUGGGCAUACACAAGGACGAUUGCUUCUCUCUUCCUCUUCACUCUUUGACACAAAACAACUUUAAUAAGUACCACCAUUACCGUGACUAUCCAUAUCAUUUGAUUCCAUUUUAUUUGAGGUACGAAUAUGAAAGUAGUCUAGUAGUGUUCAUGAAUUGUGAGAAGCCAGUGAAGUCUCCCCUCUACAUACACAAUAUUUGUAGCAAAGGAGGAGGAAAUUCUUCGGGCUCUGUAAAAGGGCAAUAUUUGUACGUUGUGGUGGGGGGUGACUUGAAGGUGUCAGAUGUGGCGGAUUUGUGUACGGUGGAGAUGAUGGUUCCGAUUGCACAGCCGCCGUUGUUGAUGAGUGGUGAAAAUCGUGGGAACAUUUCCAUUUCCUUCUUGGACGUCCACAAUGCCAUGGCUGAUGGAUUUGAGCUUUACUUUGACAGCUACUACUACAACUACUACUACUACGCUUUCUGUCCACCGAAUUGGUCUUCCUUCCAUUGCCUCAUGUGGAAGAUCCCUUUUUAUCUACACUCGUUGCUUUUGUUCACAGAACUAGGCCUCGCAGGAAGAGCUUUCUUUGGGAUGCUAUUUAUGUUUGUGUUUUUAAUCUAUAAGUUUAGGAGAAGGCAUUUGUCUAUGUUCGACAACAUUGAGGAUUUUCUUCGAAGUCAGAACAAUCUCAUGCCGAUUAUGUACUCUUACUCAGACAUUAAAAAGAUGACUAAAGGUUUCAGGGAUAAAUUGGGUGAAGGAGGCUAUGGUUGUGUGUAUAAAGGAAUGCUUCGAAGUGGCCAUCCUGUAGCAAUAAAGAUAUUGGAUAAAUCCAAAGCUAAUGGGCAAGACUUUAUCAAUGAAGUUGCCACUAUCGGAAGGAUUCAUCACAUUAAUGUGGUCAGGCUAAUUGGUUUUUGUGUAGAGAGAUCUAAGCGCGCUUUAGUAUAUGAGUUCAUGCCUAAUGGGUCUCUUGAAAAAUACAUUUUUUCUCAAGAAGGAAAUGUCCACCUAAGUUGCACGCAAAUGUACGAGAUUUCUCUUGGAGUGGCUCGUGGGAUUGAAUAUUUGCAUCGAGGUUGUGACAUCCAGAUCUUACAUUUUGACAUCAAGCCUCAUAACAUUCUUCUUGACGAGAAUUUCACUCCAAAACUUUCUGAUUUUGGGCUCGCAAAAUUGUAUCCAACAAAUGAUAGCAUUGUGUCACUGACUGCAGCAAGAGGAACAAUGGGCUACAUGGCUCCGGAGUUAUUCUAUAAGAACAUUGGAGGCAUUUCAUAUAAAGCUGAUGUUUAUAGUUUUGGAAUGUUACUGAUGGAAAUGGCUGGCAGGAGGAGAAAUUUGAAUGUCUUUGCAGAUCAUACAAGCCAAAUUUACUUUCCUUCGUGGGUCUAUGACCAAUCUAGAGAAGGGACGGAGAUAGAGAUGGGUCAGAUCACCGAGGAGGAAAGAGCAAUGGUAAAGAAAAUGAUAAUAGUUGCUUUAUGGUGCAUACAAAUGAAUCCCAGUGACCGUCCUUCAAUGAACAAAGUUGUAGAGAUGCUUGAAGGGAAUGUUGAACUCUUGCAAAUGCCUCCCAAGCCUUCUUUGUGUCCACAAGCGAUGCCAGUUGAAGAUCAUGAAAUGGACAUGGAUCUUGCAGAGUUGCCUAUGCUAUCCUCCUUGUGAUCGCAUAAAUUCCAUCACUGUGGAUGUGUUGCACCUCAAGUUGUUUCAUAUAAAAAAUUUUGUGUUAGCAGGGAAUUCUAACAUCUCCCUCGUAUAAUUGAGGUAGUCUUAUUCCAACACAUGAUUGGACAACUAUGCCUCAUUGAAAUAAAUUUGUGUGAAAACUUUUUAUAUGGUUGAGAUGUCUCUCCAUGUGUUGCAUUUCAAUUGCUUGAAGACUUUCUUAGUUAAAUUUACAUUCGUCACAUUUUUGCAAA